AUGGUGGGAAGAAGCUCAAAGAAGAAAACAGUGAGUCUUUCACGGACAGUGACAGUGGACGGCGAUGAACUGGAAGUGGUUGAUGAAUGCGUGUACUUGGGAUCUCUGAUCACCGCUGACAACAAUACCACGAAAGAGAUCCAACGACGCAUUCAAGCUGGAAAUCGUGCAUACUUUGCGCUCCGCAAGACGCUUCGGCCAAGGAGAAUACCGCGUCGCACAAAGCUAACGGUGUACAAAACCUUAAUAAGACCAGUGGUCCUUUAUGGACUCGAGAAUGUGACGCUGCUCACGGAGGACAUACGCGCUCUGGCCGUCUUUGAGCGGAAAGUGCUGCGGACUAUUUUUGGUGGAGUACAAACGGAAAGCGGAGAGUGGCGCAGACUUAUGAACCACGAGCUACAGGCACUACUUGGAGAGAUUCUCUUUGUACAACAGGCGAAAGUCGGGAGGUUACGGUGGGCCGGACAUGUCGCGAGGAUGCCGGACGACAGUGCAGUGAAAUCCGUUCUCUUCAAUGACCCCGCCGACACCAGAAAUAGAGGGGCUCAACGUGCCAGGUGGCUCGACCAGAUCGAAGCCGACUUGCGAGUGACGGGACGCUUACGAGUGACGGGACGCUUGCGAGUGACGGGACGCUUAUUACGGCGACGAGUGGCCCAGGCCCGAGUUGAUUGGAGACGAAUAAUUGAGACAACACGAGCCACCACGGCUCUCAACUGA